AUGGCGGUCUGGAUGCGUUUGUGCUUCGAGAGCCGAUAUAUUCUCUCCCUGGCCAUGCAAGGUAUGUGGCUGGACAAGGAGCCUUCGGAUGAGUGGCCCAAAGUCUCUUUGUCUGUGGCCUUUGAGGAGGGCCAUGGAUUGACGGGCGCGGGGGUUGUCUGCUCAAAGGUGGGUGGAGGUGGUAAGUCCUCCUUGGAAGGGGUUGUGGCAGGAGCAUCUUCUGUCCGAGACUUCUUUGAAGGGGUCUUGCUACUUUCCCCUCGAGCCCUUUUACUGUCCUACUUCUGGACAGAAGAGUCAGCGGCAACUUGUUCUGAUGAGGGAGAGCAACGCCCUAAUUCUCAGUCAGUGGAGCAAGAAAAUAAAUCUGUGAGAGGACGUACAUGGAUGUCUAGAAACACCAAAAAAAGGAGUGAAGGACAUCUUACUCCUGUUGAAUACAAUGAGUAUGGUCAACUAGUGGGUGGAUCUAGAAGUAAUGUUUCAUCACAGCUUGGAUCAGUUGUUCGAGCAACUGUGUCCAUCAACAUUAACAGUUGGAAAGAUGUUAGUGUGGUGGAUAAAAAUAAAAUAUGGGACACAAUGAAGAAAACUUAUGAUUUGGACCCCAAACAAAAGCAACAGAUGUUGAAGGAUGCGGGAAAGUACUUCCGAAAUUGGAAGACUAAUCUUACUAGGGUACACGUUUACGACGCUUUGAAAAAAUACCCAAAUGAGUUCCCGCCAGCUUUGCCAUUUGGAUUUGAGAAUGUCAUAACUCCGGAUGAAUGGUUAGCGUUUGUGAACUCAAGAUUAACUCCCGAGUGGCAAAGAAAGAGAGAGGAGAUGCAAAAUUAUCGAGCACUGAAUAAAUACAAUCACAACCUCUCUAGAGGAGGCUAUGUGCGUAUUGAAGAGAUGUUAAUGGAACAAAGUGGGAAAAGUCUGACUGAACUUGAUAGGGCAGAUUUAUGGAGCAUGGGUCGUCGGAAUGCAAAAGGAGAGCUAAUUGGAGAGGCCUCUGAGAUUCAAAAAAAUAUUGAUCAUUACCGGCAACUCCAAGCUGAGGGUAAAUGGGCACCUGAUGGCCCUGAUGAUGUGCUGACGAGGGCGUUGGGCACUCCUGAGCCUCGAGGACGUGUUAGGGCUGGAGGACACGGUGUGUCCCGCUCAGUAUAUUGGAAUACUCCAACACCUACCUCAACGAAAAAUAAAUCAAAAGCCUCUUCUUCGAAUGACGACAUUAGAAAGGAAUUUGAAGAAAGAUUUCGAAAACAAGAAGAAGAGCAUCGUCAACAAGCACAACGCCUAGAAGAGCGCCGUCAACAACAAGAUGAGCUCUUGAGAAAAUUAUUGGCCCAACAGAGCGGGUCAGGAUCUAACGUUGGAAGCCGCGACCUUCAUGGGAAGGUCGCGACCUUUGACUCUGAAACUUCAAAAGCUAAAUUAUUUUGA